AUGAUGAACAUUGUACCUAGAACUGCGUGUUGUGCUACACUGGGAACUAGAGCACUAAUCUAUUUUUAUUCCCCUUUCUUCCUUCUAGUGCAAGCUAAGCUCAGUAUAGGCCAGAGGAAAGUAAGAGUUCAAGAAGGACCGCUGUUCAGAGCCGAAGGUUACCCUGUCAGCAUUGGCUGCAGUGUAAGCGGUCAUCAGGGACCUUCUCUGCAGCACUUCCAAUGGUCUGUGUACCUGCAGAGCCCCAGCCAGGGAGUCCAGAUCAUCAGCACCAAGGAUGCCGGCUUCUCCUACGCAGUGUACGUGCAGCAGGUACGAAGCCAAGACAUCUAUGUGGAGAGGCUGCAGGAGAGCUCUGUCCUGCUGCAUAUCUCCAACCUCCAGAUGAAGGACGCUGGCGAGUAUGAGUGUCACACGCCCAGCACUGAUGGAAAGUACUUAGGCAGUUAUAGUGCAAAGACAAAUCUAACUGACAUGAUGUUGGCUCCUGGGCCCUCCUAUUCAGAGAGGUUUAUCGCAGGAGAUGUGCAGCUUGACAAGCUUGGUGCCUCUUCCUUCAGACUGUCCGUAAGUAGGCUUCAGCCUUCAGACCAAGGUCAGCUGUUCCGUGAAGCCACUGAAUGGAUUCAGGAUCCUGAUGAAACUUGGACUUUGAUCACCAGAAAGCAGACAGAUCAAACAACUCUGAGAAUCCAGCCGGCAGUGAGGGAUUUGGAAAUGAGCAUCACAGCCCAGGGUCCCUUUGACAAAGGGAACCUCUUGGACCUGGUUUGCCUGGUGGUGGGUGGUGGCCACAAUCCACAGCUUCAAGGCACUUGGCUCCUUGAUGGGUUGGAAAUUGCUGGCAUUGAUGCUGCUGGAGUCCUGGAGCUGAAGAGGAACUACAGAGACAGAGCCAGCCAAGGACAGUUGCAGGUUUCAAAGUUAAGCUCCAAGGCUUUCUCACUCAAGAUCUUCUCUGUGGGCCCAGAGGACACUGGCGCCUACAGCUGUGUAGUGACAAAGGUGGCAAGAACUGAGACAGGCUCCUGGAAGGUGCUCCAGAGAAAGCAGUCACCAGUCAGCCAGGUGCAUCUGAGGGAGCCAGCAGCAUGAAGUAUGGUCUUGUCUACCAAGCAGCAAGCUGUGUGGGAAGGAGAAGUGCUCACUUUACUCUGCAAGGCAGGUGGGACUGAAACUCCAUUGUCUAUGAGCUGGUGGCAGGUCCCACAGGACCAAACCACACCCAAGCUUGUGGCUAGCAUGGGGCAGGAUGGUGCUGUGCAGCUGGGUGCCUCCUCUGAGGGCUCCAGGUGCCAUAGCAACACAAGGCUGGAGAAGAUAGACUGGGCCACUUUUCAGCUAGAGAUCACUUCUGUGUCAGUCACGGACAGUGGGGCCUAUGAGUACAGAGUGUCCGAGAAGCCCUGGAACCAGGCCAGAGAUCUGCACUGGGCUCACAAGGUGUCAGUCACAGUAAAAUCUCUGCAGUCAAGUUUACAAGUUAAUCUGAUGAGCCGUCUACCACAAGUGAAGUUAAGCCACACCUUUGACCUGUCCUGCCUGAUGAGGGCCAGCUACUCUGACCUCAAGCCUCCACUUGCUGUGACCUGGCAGUUCCAGCCAGCCAGCUCUGGAGCCUUUCAUCAGCUAAUUCAAAUCACUCAUAAUGGCACUAUUGAAUGGGGAGACUCCUUGUCCCAGUUUCACAAGAAGACAAAGGUUUCACAGUCUUGGUUUCAUUCUCAACUCUUAAUCCAUGAUGCCACAGCUGAAGAGACAGGAGUGUAUCAGUGUAAAGUCGAAGUUUAUGACAGCAAUGCACUAUGCACAAGCAACCCAGCCAGGGCUUCUGCCAUCUCUAACUCAUUGAUGGUAACUGUUUCUUUACCAUAUAAUGUUCUCACAGUGGAUGAACUCAGUCAAGUGCGAGAGCUCUCCAUCAGCUCCAGCACUCAUCUUGAAUGUAGCAUCUUGUCCCAGUCCACUGGUAACCUUCCAUUAUCCAUCAUUUGGUACUUUUCUCCCAUUUUCACAAAUGCAUCCUAUCUGAAGAUCCUGGAAAUGGACCAAACAAAUGUUAUAAAAUAUGGGGAUGAAUUUCAAACCCCAUGGAGCAAAGAAAAAUUUCAUCCUGAGAAAGUUUCCCAAGACUUGUUUCUGCUGCAUAUUCUGCAGGUGCAAGACAGUGACCAGGGCCGUUACUACUGUGCUGUGGAGGAAUGGCUCUUGUCCUCAAGUGGUGCUUGGGAGCAGCUUGGGAGGAAGAUUUCGGGACUAACCAGACCCACAGGAAGUAAGGUUCAUGUCUCCAAAGUGAACUGGACAGGGAUUGCGCCUGAGCACGGGGAGGUGGCCACCAGCUGCAGCUUGGACAGCUCAAGUGGCCUGGCCACCCUGUACUCGGUGACAUGGUACUGGAGCCGAGAAGACGCCGCCAGUCAGAUGCUGGGGCAGCUGCAGCACAACGGCCUGCUGGAGAGCAGCCAGGAGGGGCGCAGGAGGCUCCCGCACUGCUACCGUUCACCCCCUUCAGACUUUGUCUCGCGGCUACAUCAGCUGAAGAGGGAGGAUGCCGGGGUCUACUGGUGCAGGGUGGCACAGUGGCAGCAACAUGGCCACGCAGGCAACUGGGUCAACCAAGCCUCAGACGAGUCACAGCGGAUGGAGCUCAUGGUGUUACCUUCAGAGCCCACAUUCUCUUCCCGGAUCUGCUCUUCAGCAGCCGUCCUCCACUUCCUUAUCAUCUGCCCCUGCAUCGUGCUCAUUCUUCUCACAAUGUCCCUCUUCUGCUUGUACUGGAAGUCCAGGAAGUUGUCAUGGCUGAAGGUGGGCACAAAAGAGGCCAGAGACUGA